CUCUCUCUCUCUCUCUCUCUCUACUUGAAACCCAUCUUUAUAAAUUCAAAUAUAGUUUCACAAUUGAGUAAAAAGAUCAGUCUUUUUCACCGAAUCCUUGUUUUUUUUUUUUUGUAACCCCCGAAAGUCUGGUGCCAACUGUCAAGCCAGUUCUUGUAUUGCCUGCCUAGGAGAUUCAAUUGCUCUGAAAACACCAUUAUCCCAUCAAAUUGUUGAUUGGAGGUUGGGUUACUAAAGUGAGCGUAUGCCUGGAAACCAGUACAACGGUAACUCUACCCUUAACUCAGGUCGUGUCGGACGGCUCUUAAAGAUAAGAGAGCAAAGGAGAAGUAUCAGGUCUGCCUAUUCAAAUGAGGUAACUGAUAACCAUAGAGGAACUGAACCAUGUGAACAUGAUUUGCGCACGCGAGAAGGUGACGGCUUAAACAAUUCAUUUAUCGAACAAUACUUGGAAGGUGCUAUCGCAGACGGAUAUGAAAAGCUGGAUGUCAGGCCUUUAAGGCAACGGCUGUUGGUGGUAGCUAAUAGACUACCUGUAUCUGCAGUUAGAAGAGGUGAAGACUCAUGGUCUUUGGAGAUAAGUGCUGGGGGCUUAGUCACUGCUCUUCUAGGUGUAAAGGAGUUUGAGGCGAAAUGGAUUGGUUGGGCUGGAGUUAAUGUGCCAGAUGAAGUUGGCCAGAAGGCGCUUACUGAAGCUUUGGCUGAAAAGAGGUGUAUUCCGGUAUUCCUUGACGAAGAGAUUGUUCAUCAAUAUUAUAAUGGCUACUGCAACAAUAUAUUGUGGCCCCUCUUUCAUUACCUUGGGCUUCCACAAGAAGAUCGACUUGCCACGACCAGAAGUUUCCAGUCUCAGUUUGCUGCAUAUAAGAAGGCAAACCAAAUGUUUGCUGAUGUGGUGAAUCAGCACUAUGAGGAGGGUGAUGUUGUCUGGUGCCAUGAUUACCAUUUGAUGUACCUCCCAAAAUGCCUUAAGGAAUACAAUAAUAAUAUGAAAGUUGGUUGGUUUCUCCACACACCCUUUCCUUCUUCUGAAAUCCAUAGGACGCUGCCAUCUCGAUCAGACCUACUACGUUCUGUUCUUGCAGCCGAUUUAGUUGGGUUUCACACCUAUGACUAUGCAAGACAUUUUGUUAGUGCUUGUACUCGUAUUCUUGGGCUAGAGGGCACACCUGAAGGCGUUGAGGAUCAAGGGAGGCUGACUCGAGUUGCUGCGUUUCCCAUUGGGAUAGACUCAGAUCGGUUCAUAAGAGCUCUUGAACUCCCUCAAGUCCAGGAACACAUCAAAGAACUGAAGGAAAGAUUUGCUGGCCGAAAGGUAAUGCUAGGUGUUGACCGCCUUGAUAUGAUUAAAGGAAUUCCACAGAAGAUUCUUGCAUUUGAAAAAUUUCUCGAGGAGAAUUCCGUCUGGCGUGAUAAAGUUGUUCUACUGCAGAUUGCCGUGCCAACAAGAACAGAUGUUCCUGAGUAUCAAAAACUUACAAGCCAAGUUCAUGAAAUUGUUGGACGCAUUAAUGGCAGAUUUGGAACAUUAACUGCUGUUCCAAUACACCACCUGGAUCGCUCUCUCGACUUCCAUGCCUUGUGUGCUUUAUAUGCAGUUACUGAUGUUGCUCUUGUAACUUCUUUAAGGGAUGGAAUGAAUCUCGUCAGUUAUGAGUUUGUAGCAUGCCAAGAUUCGAAGAAAGGUGUGCUCAUUCUUAGUGAGUUUGCAGGUGCAGCCCAAUCUCUAGGUGCUGGAGCAAUCCUUGUGAAUCCUUGGAACAUCACUGAAGUUGCUGAUUCAAUACGCCAAGCUCUAACUAUGUCCCCUGAAGAAAGAGAGAAGCGACAUCGCCACAACUUUGUCCAUGUGACAACCCACACUGCUCAAGAAUGGGCUGAAACUUUUGUGAGUGAACUAGAUGAUACAGUUAUCGAGGCACAACUAAGGACCAAGCAAGUGCCACCUGCACUUCCAGAAGAAGAUGCAAUUAGUCGUUAUUUGCAGUCUACUAAUCGAUUGCUCAUACUGGGAUUCAAUGCAACAUUGACUGAGCCAGCGGACACUCCUGGGAGAAGAGCUGAUCAAAUUAAAGAAAUGGAACUUAAAUUGCACCCAGAGUUAAAAGAAGCAUUGACAGCACUUUGCAGUGAUCGAAAGACAACCAUUGUUGUUCUCAGUGGGAGUGACCGAAAAACAUUAGAUGAUAACUUUGGGGAGUAUGACAUGUGGUUGGCAGCAGAACAUGGAAUGUUUUUGCGACUUACAAAGGGAGAAUGGAUGACAACAAUGCCAGAACACUUAAAUAUGGAAUGGGUUGACAGUGUGAAGCAUGUUUUUGAGUACUUCACAGAACGUACUCCCCGAUCACAUUUUGAACGCUGUGAAACAUCACUUGUAUGGAAUUACAAGUAUGCAGAUGUUGAAUUUGGGAGGCUUCAAGCAAGGGAUAUGUUGCAACACCUCUGGACGGGCCCAAUUUCAAAUGCCUCUGUUGAUGUGGUCCAAGGGAAUCGAUCAGUUGAGGUUCGAGCAGUUGGUGUUACAAAGGGUGCUGCUAUUGAUCGUAUACUGGGAGAGAUUGUCCAUAGUAAAUCCAUGACAACACCAAUUGAUUAUGUCCUAUGCAUUGGCCAUUUUCUGGGAAAGGAUGAAGAUGUGUACACCUUCUUUGAGCCAGAGCUCCCAUCUGAUAGCUUAGCUGUUGCAAGAACUAAGCAAAAUGAUGGACUAAAAUCGCCCAUUGAUAGACGACCUUCUAUGAAGCUUCCAGCCAUUAGAAGCGUGUCUAAAUCAUCUCAAGGUAAGGCACAGCGACCUUUACUAAAUCCCGAGAAGAGAACAGCUAACCACGGCUGUGGGAGUGGGCGACGGCCAUCAGCAGAAAAGAUUUCAUGGAACGUGCUUGAUCUCAAGGGAGAUAAUUACUUCUCCUGUGCUGUCGGUCGAACUCGCACAAAUGCUCGCUAUCUACUUGGAUCAUCAGAUGAUGUCGUGUCCUUCCUCAUGAAAUUAGCCAAUGCAUCUACGUGAGACAAGUAGUGCUGAAGUCGAGAAAUGUUUCUCUCCUGCAAAUGGUAAAGCAUCCACUCAGAGUUCAAGAACCAGGUGUGGUUCUUGAAGGCAGGAAUGGUGAGGCAACAGAAACAGUCCUCUAUAGGUUCGAAUGUUGUAACAUCAGUAGUUAGCCUCACAUAAGCAAAGGCAUGGUACCGAGAACCAAGAAAAAGAUAAAAGAUAAAAAAAAAAAACAAGAAGAAAAGAAAGAGCAGCAAGCCACCGCAGUGAGACGUUUGUUGAAAGAUUUGAGGAAGAGAACUCUUGUAGCCUCAGCUUCUUCAUUUCCCUUCUUUUGCUUCUAUCGUUCCAUAUGUUUAUUUUUGUCCCAGAUUUUGGAAUGAGUACUCGCAAAAGAGCAGCUAUGUUAGUAAAUGAAGCUUGUUUGCUUCUCCUGGCGUAUGUACAAUGUGUAUAAGAGCUGUCUUACCCUUUAGUUUUAUCCAUUAAAGAAAUACUGAUAUCCCUAUGUAAUGCUUGCGUGCUUUGGGUCCUGAAAACAGUGAUACCGUCCUUCAGGGACCACGCAGACAUUUAGCCUGUUAAAGUGGGCAUGUUUUCGGGUGCCGAUACGAUGUGUAAAAACCAAGAGAACAAUUGCACGACAAGUUAAUAUUUAUGUGGCUUUUAUA